UUGAAUAUAAACAAAUCGCAACAACUUGUUACCAACAACCAAUAAUAUUACUCAUCACCUAAUUUUUCCAAAUGACAACAACUUGUUUCAGUUGUUGGUUGUUGGCUUGUUGCUAUCGAAAUAUUUGGAAUUUUUAACGCGGCAAAUUUUUAGGUUUUCUCUUUUCAUUUCAUUGUUCCACUGAUCUCUCCUGUGAUUUUCUUCUGCUGGUUCGAUGCUCGGCUGCUUCUGCUGCGUAUUGCCCAAAGUCCGCCUAUCAUUAUGACAAAUGUGCAUAUUUCUAAUAAUGCUGGAACUGCCGAUGUAAUUGCAAUCCCAUCAUCAGGACCAAAAAGAAAGGGAAGGGGGAAGACAACAGGGCUUUCAAUCCAAAAGAAACGCAAGAAAAGUGACAAUGGAAAGUUGAAGGUAAUUAUCCCACCAGAUCGAACGGUAGCGGUAGGUCCUGGAGCUAAAGAUUUUGUUACCGAGCUCUCAGUGAAAGUUCUCCAUAAUGCUAGGCAUGAUGUCAAGAAUUGGAAGGGAGUUUCUGAUCUAGCAAAAGAUAGGAUUGUUGCUCAUAUGCUGGAUUCCUUCCAGCUUCCGGACAUACAACACAAUCGGGAUACUAUCCUUCAAACAGCUAAAAAUUUAUAUCGAUAUCGUCGUAGUAGGCUCCAUGAUCAUUUUAAGAAAUUUGCUACAAAAGAGGCAAGGUUGCAAAACAUGCCAGAACAGGUUGAUGAAGCUGAAUGGAAAUUCUUGGUGGAAUAUUUCAGCUCUGACGAUUUUAAGAAAAUGAGUGAAAGAAACAAAAGUAAUAAGGCAAAACAAGAAAUGAAUCAUAUUUGUGGCAGAAAAUCCUUCCAAGCAGUAUCAUUUGAAGCGAGGGACACAAACACAAACACUGGAAAAGAGCCAAACUUUCAGAAAUUUUGGGAAAUGACUCACAUGAAGUCAAAUGGGCAUUGGGUUAAUGAUGCUUCUGCUGAAGUGAAUGAUACGGUGAAAGAAGUUGUUGCUGAACAAAUUCAAGAAAUUGAAGAGGGUACCGAUGUGGACCCUAUUGUUAAUGAUGCAUUUAUGCAAAUUAUGAGAGAAAAAGCAGGGUUUACUCGUGGUCAAGGAUCGGGAAUUAAGCCAGCGAAUAGGAGAUUCGAAGAUGAAAUUCAAGAGCAACUAGAAGCACAACAAAAGGAGAUAGAAGAAGAUCGGCGUAAACGAGAGAGUUUAGAAAGCAAGCUAAUGGAAAUAAAAAAUCAACUUGAGGAGGAGCGGAAAAAUCGAGAAGUUAUGGAAGCUCGUUUAGUGCGUGAGCAAACAUUGUUAAAAGAGGGCGUAAUGGCACUAGUAUCCCAUAUGCAAAGUUCCAUGAGUGGACUUCCUGCUGCAGUUUUCAACAUCAUUACUAACUCAUCUGGUUCAGAUGAGGGAAGUCCUACAAAUUUAAUAGAUAAAAAUUGGUUUUCUAACAGAGACAGAUCACCUGCUGCUUACAAAAGGAAGACCAUCUCUCUUUCACCCUCAAGAUGAACAUGUAUAAAUUCAUCACUGCUGACAAUUUGGUUCAUGUAAUGCACAAGCUAUUGCAAGAAGAUUCUUUUAGAUUACUCUUGAAAUUAGAAUGUAAUGACCUUAAUGUAAGUAAAAGCAUAUAUUUAGGAGUAUUUAGCUUUUGGAAGUUAAUAUCUGGUGCAUGCAUCAAUUUUAUACAUUGAUCUUUGCAAAUAUAAAUUCUUUUCAAUUUAUAUAUUUAUUUGUAAAACUUUUAAAAGAAUGUGUUCUGUGUUUGUAGCAAGUAGCAACUAUUCACAAGUUGUUACUAAAGGUGUACAAAAAAUAUCUAAUUUAUGGCAAUAAAAAUUACUCCCACUGUCCCAUUA